AUGCCCCAGUUUGAAAGUGCAGAUAACUGUCUUAUUACGGAAUCUGCGUAUGCUGGUGCAGUAGUCAAUGUACAGGAUGUGCGAGCCCCUUUGCCUGAUACAGCUGUUGCUUCCAGCAACCACCCUGCAGAGGACCCUAUAGAAGUUGGAUUUAAUUUUGUACAAACAGAUCCAUCAGUAGUACUUCUUGAUACACCUCAUGACAUUACGAAUACGGAAGGAAAUUUCUCAGACGACUCGGAUAUUGAUCCUAUUUAUGUACCCGAAGAAACAACAGAUUCUGAUUCAUCUAUUGUGCCAUUUAUACCUCAUGAAACCAAAAACCGAAUUCAGGUGCCUAAAAAGCGUAAGAUAACGCCCAAAGAAAGGAAAGGCAGAAAACGUGUAAAAAAUACAAAUGAGUGGAUUGAUGUUCGAGCUAAGAAGGAGUUAAACUUGGGCAUCGAACAUAAAAACCGGAAAGGUACAAUUAUUCCCGCCAAACAGAUAAAGAAUCCAUGUAAAGAAAACUGCAGAAAUAAAUGUCGUCAAAAAAUAAGUGAGGAAGAGAGAAAAGCAUUGUUCGAGGAGUUUUGGAAAAUAGGUGAUCAUUCUAGACAAUGGGAUUACAUAGUUAGGUAUGUCAAAACAGUGGAGAAGAAGCACGUAAAACGGACAGAUAGCAAAUCAAGACGAAAUCAUUCUAGAACAUACCAGCUUCUUGUCAACAACAAGGAAAUAACGGUUUGUAAAACUAUGUUCCUGAACACCUAUGGAAUAUCAGAGCAGUGGGUGACGACUGCUCUAGGAAAAAUUGGAGAAACUGGCACUCUUGAAGAAGAUCGUCGAGGGAAGCACCUGACAAGACCAAAUAAAAUUGACGGAGGUGUCUUAAAUGGGAUAAGAGAGCACAUUCAACUCUUUCCUGUGGUGCCUUCCCACUAUACCAGGAAAAAAUCAACAAAGAUGUACUUAGAGGUUGGUCUCAACAUUUCAAUUAUGCAUCGCCUCUACUUAAAGUACAUGGAACAGAGAAAUGCUACAGAAGUAGGAACUUUAAGACAAUACAGAGAAGUUAUCAAUGCCGAGUUCAAUUUAGCAUUCCAUAAACCAAAGAAGGACCAAUGCAGUCUCUGUGUAGCCUAUCAACUAGCAACUUCGCCAGAUAAGCAGAAAAUACAAGAGAAGUAUGAAAAACACGUUUCUAAUAAGAAAGCUGCUAGAGCUUUAAAAGAUGAAGAUAAAGAAACUGCAAUCAAUGACAAGACAAUUAGCGCAGCGUGCUUCGACUUACAAAAAGUUCUGGUGACACCCCAAUCUGCUGUAAGCGACUUCUAUUACAAAAGUAAACUCGCCACAUACAACUUUACCAUUUACGACAUGGGAAAUCAUGAAGGCUAUUGUUACGUUUGGCAUGGAGUAAUUGCGAAGAGAGGGCCAAACGAAAUAAGCAGCUGUAUUUUAAACUUUUUGAAAAAGCAAAAAGAGAAAGGGAUAAACAAAGUUAUUCUUUACUCUGACAACUGCGGUGGACAAAACCAUAAUCCAUCGAUUCCUAGAAACAGGUCACACACAAAACGAAGGGGACAGUAUGCACGCCGUCAUUGA